AUGGCAUUGGGUUUUGCUCACACUUGGAAGUGCCAAAUUCAAGCAUCAUGUCGUUUGAAAGACAAAAAGUUCUACCAUCAGUUCACUCAUUUAACACCCAUUGAAUGCUGGCAAAGAGACUUCGCCACCAGAGACCAGUGUUUUGAAAAGCGAGCGCUUCGUCGCUUUAAGCGAGAAGCUGUCGCUUUUUCCUUACAAAGGCGACACGACCAGCAGAAGCGAUCGCUUCAGCCAAGAAAGCGAGAAGCGAUCCAGAAGCGAAAAGCGAGCGCUUCUGCCCAAAGGGUUANUCGCUUUAAAUUCCAUCUUAUUGGUGGCGAUAGAAACGUCACAAGUUGUCCGAAAUGUCCACCGAGGGAUGAAAUAAAGAAUUUUGUUGAGAAAAAGAAGGAGCAAAAAAAUCAAAUGAAUCAUCAACCAUUGGUGACCAAUCUUGAUGAUGAUGGUGAUGAUGAUAUUGAAGAAUUGUCACUUCCAACAAAACGGGGAAGAGAUGCAAUCUCUUCAAGCCAUGGAUCGACGGGUACGAGUAGGACUAAAGGUCCUAUAGAUUGCUAUUUCCCAAAGAAGCCGGAAGGAAAGAGCGGUGGAAAAGAUGUACAAAAAAUUGCUAAGGACAUUUUGAGGGAUCGUGCAGUUAGAGCUUUUGCACGAUGGGUCUAUGAUGCUGGGCUCCCCUUCAAUUGUGUCAACUAUACUGACACUUUUGGAGACUUUAUUGAGGCCGUUGGUCAAUACGGACCUGGAAUGAAGCCUCCCACUUAUCAUGAAAUCAGAGGUCCUUAUCUAAAUAAGGAAGUGGAGGAGACUAAUAAAAUUGUGGAGGAACAUAAAGUUGCGUGGAACAAGUAUGGCUGCUCCAUUAUGAUGGAUAAGUGGACGGCAAGAACUGGGAAAAUGAUUAUUAACGUGUUGGUGAAUUCUCCCAAGGGAAGUUUGUUUCUUGAGUCCAUUGAUGCUAGCGACUCAUCCACUGACCACAUCAAAAUGUUCACCUUGUUUCAGAACACCAUUGAAAAGAUUGGCCCAAGCAAAGUUGUUCAAGUGGUCACUGAUAAUGCGAGUGAAAAUGUGAAAGCGGGUGGCAUGGUGGAAGGAGCGUACAAGAAUGUCUAUUGGACUCCAUGUGCGGCUCAUUGUAUCAACUUAAUCUUCGGGGACAUUUUCAAGGAAAAACCCUUCUCUACAGUUUUUGGCCAGGGCGUUAGGGUACAUUCUUAUAUUUCUCAGCGGCCCUUGUUAUUGAAUAUGAUGAGAAGAUUCACCGGACAAAAAAAUUUGGUGAAACCGGGCAAGACAAGGUUCGCCACUGCUUUCUUGACUUUACAUAGUAUCCACUUGCAAAAAUCCAAUUUGAGAAAGUUGUUCACUUCAUAGGAAUGGAGCAAGAGUAAAUUUGCAAAGAAAAGUGCAG